AUGACACAACCUCAACACAACACCAUUACCCAAAACCUCACACACUCGCAGAAACGUCAGGUGUACGGCGAGGACGGGCGCUUCGUCAUCUCGGACAGCAUCACUUCACCACCAGCUACCCGUUCUCCACGGCGGUCCGCCUGUCCACGGGCUGCUCGGGGGUCCAAGUGUCUGACAAAACACAUCCUGACGGCGGCUCACUGUGUCCACGAUGGGAAGGACUACCUGCAGGGGUCCCAGGCUUAAAGUGGGAGUCCUACAGUUCAAAUCUAAACGAGGUAGGGGGGGUGGGAGGAGGAGAGGGGGAGGAGAGGGGGGAGGAGAGGAGGAGAUGUGGAAAGCAAGGAAAGGGAAGGAGAGGAAUGUAGGAGAAGAGAGAAAGGGAAUGGAAUAG